GUUAAACAUUUAUUUUAUAAAUAAAUUAAUAUUAAGCACAAGUUAAACACAUUUAUUUAUUAUUAGUUUAAACAUUAGUGGGGAUGAGUGAAGAGAAAAUUUGUAUGCCGAAUUGUUUGUCAUAGAAGGUGUUACGGAAAGCCACGAAGAGCGUCUUCAUCCAGAUGACGUCAUCAGUCGGAAAAAGCCGAACUCAACUAAUGAUGAAUCUCUAUCAGGUGCGCUUGUAAUUAGAACACAUUAAACCUCAAAUACGGGCAGAAACAAGGGAGUGAGGGCGCUUGUCCUGCAGUUUAUCCAGCUUUUCUCCUUUUGAGGAAAAACUUUGUGACUGAAAAAAGUUAUGAGGUGUGAGUAAAUGAGUACAACAGAAAUUGGAUGCGCAUCAAGGAUUAAUCAACCCGAGACGCUGCUGGUUAUCAAUCUAAUUGGAGCUUGAGCGUUUCUACUAAAGGAAUGACUGUUUCAAGAUUAAUUUAACUGUAAACAAAAUUCAUCUGUUCCAAUCUAUCAUGAUAUGAAUGAAAGCAACAGAUUGCAAGUCAAGAUUGUAAGACCUUUUAUUGGAAGUAAAAGCCAGUUUUGAGAUGAUUCCUGUGUCCGUGGUUGACUAAGCCCCUUGUCAAGUUAGAGGCAGAAUUGAUGUGUGAAAUCCAAGAAGUAACUUGACAGUUGAUAACCACAGCUGACAGCCACAGCUUGUAAACCCAGUUUGAUGAUCAGCGUAACAGCAGUGGACUUCACAUUUGGGCCAGUGCAGAACGGCCAAGCUCAGACGGUGCGUCAUUGGAGCAAGAAGGUGAAAGACAGGAAGUUGUUGUUGCUGUCGUAGUGUUAAGUGGAUAAGUUGAAAAUGGCUGAAGAAGCAGUGGGGAAACCAAUUGAGCAGCUUAAAAAGGAAAGGACUGCUGCAAAAAUAAGCUUCACGAGACAGGUUAACUUCCUUGGCAGAGAAGCUCACAGGUUAAUGGAAGAGGAGCUCAAGGAAGAGUUCAAGAAGCUCUCACUCGUCGCACGGAGGGUGUUCGAGACGAAUGAUGAUUACAGAUCUGGACUUCUUGCUGAAAUGGAGGCUGAUGAGAGAAAAGAUGAGGAGCCAGUGCAGCAGGAAGCUGACAUUAAGAAGACUGUAAGUGAGUGCGAUUUGAAGUUUAAUGAAAUUGAAAGAAUUGUUCAAAAUAACCUCUGGUCAAGAUAUGGAUUGCAAGAAGUGACUGGUGCAGUGGCUGAAGCGGAGAGAACCUGCAAUCGAGUUGCAAGCAUAGCUAUUGACAGCAGUGAGUAUGAAAACUAUGAGGUGCAACUUGACGUUCUCGCAAAACUUGUUAAAGAGGCAGGAAGAGCUUUGUCAAGCUGGGAGAAAUGGACCCCUGUUGAUGAAAGGGGAGUCUUGGAGAGACGUGUAAGGAGGUUAAAGGAAGACAGCAAUGACCUCGAAGCAAAGAAGGGUGAGUUCGCCAGAGUGCGGAAGGUCGCUGAAGAUGCAUUGGUCGCAAGCCCCAGUAUAAUAACUAUGGCAAACGCAACACCACAUAUAACUCAAGCCGCACCUAUUGUGAGGUUCAGACCAGCAAGUUUGCCUGUGUUCGAUGGAAACAAGAGAAAUUUCUAUCGGUGGAAGAAGGACUGGGAACAACUUCAACAACAGGGAGAACCUUCUGGAUCUGUGGAAGUCAAGAAAAUUCAAUUAUUAGACAGCAUAGAUGUCAGGAUUGUGAAAGAUCUCCGAUUGUCCUCCUACAAUACUGCUGUAGAUAUUUUCAGAGUGCUUAAAAAUCGAUAUGGUAACAAGUAUGCGAUUACAAUGGAAAUUGUGGAAGAAUUAGAGAGAAUUCCUGUGAUGAGAGGAAAUCAGCCACGCAAAGUGAUUGAACUCGUCCAGACAGUGGAGAAGGCUUUAGUGGAUCUUACUGACCUUGGAGACAUGGGGGUCAUAAAAAACCCUCUUGUGGUCAAAUCCAUAGAAAGUAAACUUCCUGAGUUCAUGAAAAGGGACUGGCUUGCGUUGGUGACUGCUCCUGAAAGUGAGGUUACAUCAGAAAACCACUUUGACAAGCUUCUUGAAUUCCUAGAAGGAAUCUUUGAGAGACUUGAGCAACUUAGAGUCACAGAAAAAGUGGAAAGGCAAGAAAGAAAGCCAGAAAGAAGUCAUGCAUUCACUAGAUCAACAAAGACAGCUCCAUUUGAGAGCGUGUGCAUUGUGUGUGGAUCUGAGAAGCACAAAGGUAAAAUCUUCUUUUGCAAUAAGUUCAAGGAACUGCAGUUUGGAGAAAAGAAGGUAAUCCUGAGAAAACUCGGAUUGUGUAGGAGAUGUUUGGGGUAUCAUGAAGAUGACAGCAAAUGUAGAGAUGUAUUUCUGUGCAGGAGAAAAGAAUGCAAAGGAGGAGCCUCUGCAGAUCAUCAUUAUCUUUUCUGUCCCAAAGAGGAGACCAGAUAUGAGCAGGAAGGUAAAGUCACCAUCAGAGAAGGAAGAAAGGGAAGCAGAUUAACUGUGGAACAAGAAAAUUUUCUCUCUGAACUUUCUCCUGAAAAGGUGGAAAAGUGUAUAAAAGCGUUUACCAACAGAGCUACGAGGGAAAGAUCCAAAGAAGGGAAACUAGGACUGUUGGAGGAAAAUGGGCUUCAGGAGCUUCCAGUCAUUAUGAUGCUCAAAGAGGUGACAACCAAUGCAGGACAAACAAUUGGAACUCUAAUUGAUCUGGCAUCCGAUACAAAUUACAUAACUCAUAAAGCUGCUGACAGGCUCGGAUUGAGUGGAGAAGAAAUCAACCUGGUUGUUCAUGGAGUGGGUAAAAUGGCUAUCCAUGUAAGAACCAAAAGGUAUCUCCUUAGAAUUCGAGUGAGGACACCAGCAGGAUCCCAGAAAGCCCACCAGCUUGUCUGUUAUGGGUUAGAAGAGAUCGCAAGAAUGCAUAAGAGUGUGAGUCCACAGCAACUGAAGAAGGUAUUUCCAGAUGUAGACCUGGCAGAGCUAAGAAGGCCUAAAGAGAUAGAACUUCUUCUCAGUCAUCGGGAAGGAAAACUUGCACCACAAAGAGUAAAAAUUGUAGGAGAUCUUGUUCUUUGGGACAGCCCACUUGGGAAAAUGGUGGGUGGAGCGCACCCAGACUUGUUUGAGGAAGUAAGUGUGACAGCUUAUGAGUCAAAGACGCACUUUGCACGGUCAAUGAGAACUGCUGUGGUCAAGUAUAAAGAAGUUCUGAGAGAAAGUAAACCACUAUUUACCUCCAAAACCCCAAAAGAAAAGGAGAUGGCCUGCAUUGAUGCAAAAAGCACAUUUGCAAGUGGCAAAGAAUUUCUUCAGUGGUGGAGCUGGGAUAGCAUCGGAGCUGCAUGUGAGCCAAAGUGUGGCGGCUGCCGCUGCGGGAACUGUCAGCCGGGAGGAAAAGAGAUGACUUUGGCAGAGGAGAAAGAGCUAGAGAUCAUAAGAAGUGGUCUUACUUAUGUGCAAGUGGAUUCCCAUAGUGAUCGACCCCAUUGGGAUGCAAGGUACCCAUGGAUCCAAGAUCCUGUUUCUCUUCCUUACAAUCGGAAUGGAGUGGAGUCGACAUUCCUAAGAACCGAGAAGCAGCUUGGGAAGGGACCUGAGUGGAAGAAAGUUUACACCGCACAGGUUCAUGAAAUGGUUAAGAGAAAUGCCGCAGUAAAACUAACAAAAGAAGUGCUUGACAAGUGGACAGGUCCAGUCUGGUACGUAAGUCAUCUAGUUGCACCAAACCCACAUUCAGUCACCACGCCUGUGCGUCUUGUGUGGAACAGCAGCCAGAAAUUCAAGGGGCUGAGUAUGAACGACCUCCUGCUGAAAGGACCUGAUGUGUUGAAUUCUAUCAGAGCCGUCCUACUCAGGUUCAGGAAGGGAGUUUUCGGAGUAUUGGGAGACCUCCAUAAGAUGUAUAAUUCGGUAUGGCUGGAAGAACGAGAAAUGCAUCUCCACAGAUUUCUUUGGCGGGAUACACCUGAGGAAGAAAUAGAAGAGUACGCCAUAACCAGAGUUAACAUUGGGGAUCGCCCGGCAGGUUGUAUCGCGCAGCUGGCAAUGAGGGAGACCGCUGGUUUAGCAGCUUUUGCUCACAUGAAAGAGGAGCGGAGAGUGCUAGAAGAAGACAGCUAUGUGGACGAUAUCCUCACAUCUCAAAAUGAUCAGAAGAGGCUGGUCGAGAUAGUGAAGGGCAUUGAGGAAAUCCUUGAAGCUGGUGGAUUCUCAUUGAAGGAAUGGGUUUGGUCUGGUCAAAGUGGGAGGUCUGGAUCCGAAAAAACAAACAAAGAGUUUUCAAGCCUGAUUCCUGAGAAAACAGUGGUGCUUCCUAAUCAGCUGGGGGAAGGGGAUGAUAAAGCCCUUGGAAUUGGAUACCUGGCAGAGGAGGAUCGGAUGUAUAUAAUGACUUCUGUUAAUUUUUCCAAAAGGAAAAAGAAGGUGAGGAUUGAGCAGGAUCUUCUUGAACAGGAAGUUAGGUUGAGGACCCCAAACCCAUUGACGAGAAGACACCUAUUGAGUCAGGUGGCAGGACUCUAUGAUCCACUGGGUCUCGUCACACCAGCUAAACAGAAGGGCGCGAUCCUCGUUAGGAAAGCAUUCCAGGAAGCUGGAAGUGGAUGUCUAACAAGACAUUCAUGGGAUACUGCGCUCUCUGAAGGAAUCCGGGGAGAAGCUAUUGAUUUAUUUGAGGAGUAUGUACAACUCCGGAAAGUGAAGUUCCACAGAAGUCUUACGCCUGCGAACUGGAAAGGAAAACCAUGGGGAGUCACUUUUUCGGACGGCAGUGACAGAACCUAUGGUGCAGUAUUAUAUCUUAGAUGGAAUACAAGCCAAGGAGUGGAUGUUCGCUUAGUUGAGUCUAAAGCCAAGCUGACACCACUAGAACUGAAGGGGGAUCCAGUAAAAGCUGAAGUCUGUGGCGCAGUCUUUGCAACACGUCUUAGGAAAUACUUUGAAAAACAUGGACGGAUCAAAGUAGAGAAAUGGUUCCAUCUUGUGGAUAGCCAGAUGGUACUGGGAGCCAUCCAGCGCGACAGCUAUGGGUUUCAAACUUUCUUUGCAAAUAGGAUCGGAGAGAUUCAGAAGACAGGAGCGAUUGGCGACUGGUGGUGGAUUCCAGGGAAUCUAAACAUCGCAGAUAUUAUCACACGAGGGGCAAGCCCUAAGGAUCUUGAUGAAGAUUCCAUUUGGCAGAAUGGACCAGAGUUCCUUAAAAGGUCAGUUGACAAAUGGCCCAAGAGAUCAGCAGCUGAAAUUGCUGAGGAUGCUAGAGAAAGAGUUAAUAAGCUCCAGAGGAAAGUCUUCUCAGCGGCAGUGACUAGAGCUCAGAUGAAGAAAAUAACUGAAGAGAAGCAAAUAUCAGUACUAGAGUCAUUUCGAAUUAAAAUGCUGAGCAGACUAAUCACUGAAAGACUAGUGGAUGUUGAAAAGUUCAGUAGUCUGUCAAGGUUGGCAAGAGUCAUUGGCUGGGUGUGGCGCAGCGUGAGGAAAUGGCUGGAGAUAAGAAAUAAAAAUUCAACAUUUGAGAAACAAGAUAUAGUUGGAAUCAGUGGAUUUGUACUGACGGUGAAGGAAAGAGAGGAUGCUUUGAAGGCACUCUUUUUGGCGGCACAAAAGAGCACAACGUUUCCUGAGACCACAUUCUGUAGAUUGGUUGUGUGUAAAGAAGAAAACACCGGACUUCUUGUGUGCAGAGGAAGAUAUGAAACCUUUGAGAAAGAGAGACUCACCAUUCCAUUAUUGCCUAUGGAAGCAAGAGUAUCAUUGCUACUGGCUCAUGAAGCGCAUGAUGCAAAUCAUGAGGAGAUUGCUGGGACACUUCUUAGGAUGAGAAGGGUAGCGUGGGUAGUAAAAGGUCGGAGAUUGGCCAAAAGAGUGGUGGAAAGUUGUGUCAUCUGCAGGAAAGCAAGAGCAAAGAAGUGCAAGCAGAUUAUGGGUGAUCUCCCACCUGAAAGGAUUGGACCAGCUGCACCCUUUGAAUUUGUAACAGUGGAUCUAUUCGGUCCCUAUGAAGUGAAAGAUGAAGUGAGGAAAAGGGUACGAUUGAAGGUCUGGGGAAUUGUGUAUUGUUGCAUGGCUUCAAGGGCUGUUCACACAGAUGUUGUAAGUGAUCAAUCCACUGAGGGUUUCUUGUUGUCUUACAAGAGGUUCACUGCUUUGAGAGGACAUCCCAAGAAAGUGUGGUCAGAUCUAGGCUUAAACUUUGUGGGAGCACAGUCAGCCCUGAAAGAUCUUUAUGAGUUUCUGGAGCGAGUAGAGAAACCGGGACUUGAAGAGGAAGCCGGGAAACAUGGGACCGAGUGGUCUUGGAAGUUUCAUCCAGCUAACUCACCCCAUAGGAAUGGAGCGGCUGAAGCUGCUGUUCGUGUGGUGAAAAGAGCUCUUCUUAAUCUAGGAGGUGAUGGUAUCUUCACGUGGGGAGAAUUCCAGACUUUUCUGUAUAUGGCAGCAAACCUGGCAAAUGAAAGGCCCAUAGAUGCACGAACUCAAAGUCGUGAGUAUCGUUUGGAGUAUGUUACACCAAACUCCCUGUUGUUGGGGAGAGCAAGUUCAAGAGGAGAUUCACGUGACUUCGAUUUUGCAGGAUACCCAUACAAGAGAUUAAGAGUUAUCCAAGAAGAAAUUAAUAAAUUCUGGGAAAAGUGGAGUCAGUUAGCAGGACCAAACCUGUUCAUAAGAAGUAAGUGGCACACAAGGGAAAGGAAUGUUGCCGAAGGAGACAUUGUCUGGGUUGCAGACCAGAAUGCUCUGAGGAGUCAAUAUAAGUUAGGAAGAGUCAUCAGGGCAAAUACUGAUCCUAAAGGUAUUGUGAGGGAUGUUGAUGUCAGAGUUUCCUCAAGUCACCCAGUCUUUUGUUCAGGUAUUGAGAAGUCAGACACAGGAAAGGUCACCAAAUGUGGAAGAACAAAAAUUCCAUCAACCGUUAUUCAUAGGGAUGUUCGGCGGUUAGUUGUGUUGAUCCCAGUAGAGGAGCAGUCCAAGAAUUUAGAGGAAAGGAGUUGAUUGUGACCUCUUGGAUUUAAGAAUCAAGAGUGUCAAGUGGGAGGUGUGAAGUUAAACAUUUAUUUUAUAAAUAAAUUAAUAUUAAGCACAAGUUAAACACAUUUAUUUAUUAUUAGUUUAAACAUUAGUGGGGAUGAGUGAAGAGAAAAUUUGUAUGCCGAAUUGUUUGUCAUAGAAGGUGUUACGGAAAGCCACGAAGAGCGUCUUCAUCCAGAUGACGUCAUCAGUCGGAAAAAAGCCGAACUCAACUAAUG